GCAUAUUGCAGUAUUCUCUACCUGAAGCCAACAAUGCAGAUCAUUCUGCGAGGACAAAAAGUGAAAACACAGCUGGUUUCCAAAAGCCUUGCCUUCAUUGAACGCGAUAUAUAUAGGCCAAAAUUUUUGAAUGCUAAAACAGUAAGAAUUACUUUUGGAUUUAACUGCAGAAACAAAGAUCACUAUGGAAUAAUGAUGUACCAUAAAAACAGACUCAUCAAAGCUUAUGAAAGAGUUGGCUGUCAGUUAAAGGCAAACAACAUGGGUGUUGGUGUAGUUGGGAUAAUUGAAUGCAACUUCCUAAAACCAACUCAUAACAAACAAGACUUUGACUACACAAAUGAAUACAGACUUACAAUAGCAGCAUUGGGAGAAAAGCUUAAUGAUUACUGGAAUGAGAUGAAAACUAAGAAAACCAAAGAAUAUCCAUUAGCUUUGCCAGUUGAGGAGAUACAAAAACAACCUGAUCAGACAUGGGUGCAGUGUGACUCAUGUCUGAAAUGGCGGAAACUGCCAGAUGGAAUAGAGCACCUGCCAGAAAAGUGGUACUGCUCCCUGAACCCUGAUCCGCAAUUCCGGAAUUGUAAUGUGCCAGAGGAACCAGAAGAUGAUGACUUAAUACAUCCUACGUAUGAGAAAACUUACAAGAAAAAAGACAGGGAAAAACUGAAGAAGCGACUAGAGUACAGCCACCAGAUGAGUAAUGAAAUGUUUCUAAAAACACCUGUUUCUUCAAGUAAAGACUUCAAAACAUUCUCAACUGUGACUGGAAAGGAAGCUGUUCCAAGAUCACUUUUAUCAGAAACUUCAAAUGCUUCUGUCAAAAGACCUCUCCUUAUUUUAAAUAGAUCAGUAUCUUCACCUCAUUCUGAUUCUGAUAACAGUCUUAAGCGGAGGACACCUAGUUGCGUGACACCCGUGUCUUUAAAGACACCUCGAUUAAAUGACAAAACAUUCAACAACCGUGAUGAUGACGAUGAAGAUGUCAUUAUUGUAGAGGAGAGCAGUACUCCAAAGCCUUCAGCAGAUUCUGACAUUCCAAUAGUAAAAACUGAAUGUAUUAAUUUGGAUCAAGAGGAGAAGCAGAAGGAAAACUGUGAUGUCAGAGAACCUUGCAGUGCAGUUACUUCAGAAUCAAAAAGUGAACAGCUGACCUCAGCGACACAGACAGAGAUCCCAAACAUGGUUGUUAAAAAGGAAGAGGUGGAGGAUGACACAAAUAUUCAAGUUCCCAGGGCAGAGAUGGAAACUGAACAGCACAGUGUUAAUGGCAUUUCUGAGACAUCUGCAGAUUUUGGAAAUGAACUGAGAAAUCAGCUGCAAUUAUUAAGCAGAGAAAAAGAAAUGUACCAAAACAAAUGUGAAGCAUUAACCAAACAAGUAGAAACACUGGAACAGAGGAUUUUGGAAAUGAAUAAUAAGUAUGUCAAAAAAGAAAUGUGCCAUCAGUCAACUGAGACAAUUUCUUCAUUUCAAGAAGACAACGUUCAUGAAAGAAGUUUGGCGGAAGUGACGACUCUCUAUAAUCAGGCCUUAGAAGAAAUAGCAAAGCUAAAGGAACAAUGCAGUACCCUAGAGAACUUAAAAACUGAAUGCAGCAAGUGUGCUGAUGGUGAAAGUAAGAGUGAGGUAGAUGAAAUUGCUGUGCAACUGGAUGAUGUUUUCAGGCAACUGGACAAGUGUAGCAUUGAGAGAGACCGAUACAAAAGUGAGAUUGAACUACUAGAAGUGGAAAAAAAUCAAAUUGCCUGUCAGUGUGAAGAACUCAAAGCAGAAAUCACACAGUUAAAAGCUUCAAUUCCAGAAGCAGUAGCACGUGCAAAUGAUUCUACCACCAGUAAUGUAGAAGACUCUGUAAAUUUUUCUGAUGGAGAAAGCCUGAAACUACGCUCCCUCCGAGUGAAUGUUGGACAACUUCUGGCUACAAUCAUGCCUGAUUUAGACUUGCAGCAAGUAAAUUAUGAUAUCGAUGUAGUAGAUGAAAUUUUAGGGCAAGUUGUAGAACAAAUGCAUGAAAUCAGCAGUACUUAAUACCUUAAGAUUUUAGCAGACUCUUACUUGAUCUUCCAUUAUAACCUUUGUGUAGGUUCAAAAUUGUAUAUACUGCUUCACUUUAUAUAUUUGACAUAGUUUGAUCAAUAAGUGUAUAUACUCUACGCGUUUGUAUGUUCCCACAAUGCAGUGGGUGUUAUCUUCACUUCCUCGUAAAGGAAUACUGUCAAUAUUGACCAACCCUGUUGUACUGAAUUAAGAAUUUUGCUUUUAAAAUGUAUUUGUAAUUAAAUUUGCAAAUAUUUUUAUUAUUAGGAACCUUAAUACUUUUCUACAAAAGCCUUUUCGUUGACUUCCAAUCUUAUAUAAGCAUUAAUACUUGGAAUUACUUCCUCUUCUAAAAUCUAAGUAGUGAAAUAUAUUAAAAAU